GAAGGGGUUGAUACUUGUCAGGAAGGGUUAGCAAGAACAGACGAGGAGUCUGUCUCCGUACAAGCCUCAAAGUAUCAAGAAAUAUCGUGGAUUUAACAAUAUAUUUUUACCUUCUGGAUAUUGGAUAUUUUUCUCGGGUAAUUUUGGAGUCAAAUACCCGACAGACGACGCUUAAAAUCCUUCUAGAGAGGGAGCUCCAACUUGGUCGAGGCGUCUAAUGUUCUAAACGAAACGGAAGUAACUUGCCAGCUGUCUGGCUAAGCUUGCUAGUGUCUGAAUGACAACUCUGUGGGUGAUGGAGUUGAGCAGGCAACUCUGCGGGAAGAUGAGGAGGUCCAGCAAGAGGACCCAACUCUCCUGUUCUCCUACUACCACUUUGGGCCUGGAGAUCCACUUUUACACUCCAGAUGUACACCAGCUAGAGUACUUCAAAGGAUGCUAUACUGCUGAGGAGCUCUGCGUGGAUGCUGCCAAGAAAUGCUCAAUCUCUCCCUUGUGCCAUAACCUCUUUGCCCUGUACAAUGAGACAACUGACACAUGGUACCCUCCCAACCACGAGUUCAAGAUCACAGAUGAAACCAGUAUCAAGUUGCACUAUCGCAUGAGAUUUUAUUUCAGAAAUUGGCAUGGCACCACUGAAGGAGAGUCUCCAGUUUGGAGACACUGCAUCAGCAAACUCAGAGGAGGACUUAGUCCACAGAAAACGCCAGAGGGAACGCCCCUACUGGAUGCGGCAUCUCUGGACUACCUGUUUGCCCAGGGACAGCAUGACUUUCAGAAGGGUGUGGUUCCACUGAGGAUGUCCCAGUCAGAGACAGAGCAACAUGAGAUAGAAAACGAGUGUCUGGGCAUGGCUGUGCUUGCCAUCACUCACUAUGCCAUGACUGUGGAUAUGCCCCUGCCCAUUGCAUCCCAUGAAAUGAGCUACAAGCGUUUUAUCCCAGAGUCGCUGAACCGAAAAAUUAAGCAACGCAACAUUCUGACACGCAUCCGCAUCAACAACGUCUUCAAGAAAUUCCUCAGCGAAUUCAACCGCCGCACAGUCAGGGACAGCAACAUCACACCGUAUGACCUGAAGAUCAAGUACUUGGCCACACUGGAAGGCCUGACCAGCGGCCUGGGCAGCGAGCUGCUUGAGCCCGUCUCGCUCAGUGUCACACAGGAAGGAGAAAUCGCCAAUGGAGGUUACCAUGGGUACUACAAUCAGAGCCAAGGGCAGAGCCAGAGUCAGAACAUGGAGACAAGCAGUGACAUGCAAGUUCUGGUGACUGGUACCACUGGCAUUUCCUGGAGAAAGAAGCCUGCUGCAACAUCUGUGAUCUCAAAAGAAAAGGGCAAGUCAAGGAAGAACAAGCUGGAUGGAAAACAGAAGAAUGACAGGAAGAAAGAGGCAAAUGAAGGCUGGGUGGUGUUCUGCGACUUCCAUGAGAUCACACACACUGUCAUCAAAGAGGCAAUGGUCACCAUCUAUAGACAGGACAACAAGAGGAUGGAGAUGCUAAUGGCUUCUCGACCGGAGGCUCUGUCCUUCGCAGCCCUUGUGGACGGGUACUUCAGGCUGACAGUGGAUGCCCACCACUACCUGUGCAAGGAGGUGGCUCCAGCUUCAGUGGUGCAUAACAUCAACGAUGGUUGCCAUGGACCUAUCUGUACGGAGUAUGCCAUCCACAAGCUGCGUCAAGAGGGCAAUGAGGAGGGCACCUACAUCCUGCGCUGGAGCUGCACUGACUACUAUUUUAUCAUCAUCACUGUUGUCUGCACUGAGAUUGACCUGAAGGAGUCUCGUCCUGUGAAGCAGUAUAAGAACUUCCAGAUUGAGGUGGCCUCUGAAGGGUACCGUCUGUACGGCACUGAUACAUUGCGGUCCACUCUCAGGGAGCUGCUGGAGCACCUGGAGGGCCAGAGUCUCCGCACCGACAACCUCCAGUUCCAGCUGCUCCGCUGCUGCCCCCCACAGCCUAGAGAGGUUUCUAACCUGCUGGUGGUCACUAAAGACAGAGCCCCAGCCCCUCAGACACCCAUGCAGGAGAGUCAGCUCAGCUUCCAUCGCAUUCUCAAGGAGGAGAUUGAACAGGAGGAGCACCUCGGCCUGGGCACAAGAACCAAUAUUUACUCGGGCACACUGAGGGUGAAGAGCGAGGAAGACGAAGAUGCAGGUUACUCAUCCUUCCAGGAGGUCAAGGUGGUCCUGAAGGUGCUUGGUUCUGGACACAGGGACAUCUCCUUGGCCUUCUUUGAAACUGCCAGCAUGAUGCGACAAGUGUCCCAUAAACACAUAGUGCUGCUGUAUGGAGUGUGUGUCCGCCACCUGGAGAAUAUCAUGGUGGAGGAGUUUGUCCAACUAGGACCACUGGACUUAUUUAUGAGGAGACAGCAGAUUCAACUCAGCACACCAUGGAAGUUCCAGGUGGCCAAGCAGCUGGCAUCAGCUCUCAGCUACUUGGAGGACAAAAAGCUGGUCCACGGCUUUGUGUGUGCUAAGAACAUCCUGCUGGCCAGAGACGGACUGGGUGCUGAUGAAGGAGGACCCUUCAUCAAGCUCAGCGACCCAGGAAUACCAAUCACAGUACUCACCAGAGAGGAGUGUGUGCAUCGUAUCCCAUGGAUCGCUCCAGAGUGUGUGAAGAGUUUGUCUGCCCUGAGUAUUGCAGCUGACAAGUGGGGCUUUGGUACCACCCUGUGGGAGAUCUGCUAUGAUGGAGAAGUCCCCCUCAAAGAGAAGAAACUCACAGAGAAGGAGAGGUUUUAUGAAACAGAGUGCCAACUGGCCACCCCAGACUGCAGAGAGCUGGCUGAACUGAUGACCCACUGCAUGAACUACGACCCCAAGAAGAGACCUUUCUUCAGGGCUAUCGUCAGAGAUAUUGACAUGCUAGAAGAGAAAAACCCAUCUAUCAAACCCCAACCCACACCAGAGGUGGACCCAACUGUGUUUGAAAAGAGAUUCCUGAAGAAGAUCAGAGACCUUGGAGAGGGCCACUUUGGUAAGGUGGAGCUGUGUCGCUAUGAUCCUCGGGGAGAUAAAACUGGUGAGCUGGUGGCAGUGAAGUCGCUGAAGCCUGAGAACCGGGAGGAGCAGAGCAACAACCUCUCAAGUGAGAUCGACAUCCUGAAGGCACUCUACCAUGAAAACAUAGUCAAAUACAAGGGGAUUUGUCAAGAGGAAGGUGGUCAGGCCAUUAAGCUGAUUAUGGAGUAUCUUCCACUGGGCAGUUUGAAAGAGUAUCUACCCAGAAACAAAAGCAAGACCAACCUCAGCACCCUGCUCAGCUACUCCAUCCAAAUAUGCAAGGGAAUGGAUUAUUUGGGAUCUCAAAAUUACAUCCACCGAGACCUGGCUGCCCGAAACGUGCUGGUGGAGAACGAGAGGACGGUGAAGAUCGGAGACUUUGGUCUCACCAAGAGCAUCAAGGACAAUGAGGGAUAUUACACCGUCAAGGACGACCACGACAGCCCCGUCUUCUGGUAUGCUCCAGAGUGUCUGACACUCUGUAAGUUCUACCUUGCUUCAGAUGUUUGGUCCUUUGGUGUGACGAUGUACGAACUCAUCACCUACUGUGACUCCUCCAAGAGCCCAAUGACACUCUUCCUCAGUAUGAUUGGUCGAACUCACGGUCAGAUGACCAUCAUCCGAUUGGUGAAGGUGUUGCAAGAGGGGAAGAGGUUGCCCCGUCCUGACAACUGUCCUGAGCCUGUGUACGAGCUGAUGCGCAGGUGCUGGGAGCAGCUGCCCGAGAGGAGAAUCACCUUUAAGCGCCUGAUUGAGGAGCUGAACAUGCAGCAACAGCUCCAACCACAAAACAACUUUUGAGAUUGUGGGGGUGAAGUUGACUUUGCAUGCAGACCUUGGCAGCAGAUGCAAAUGGCAAAACUGAACUGGGCCCAAGAUCAGCAUCUGCUUGUGAGAGACAGUCCUGAAGGGUUACAGCUUCACGUAAAGUCUCACUCCUUCAUUUAACCCGUACACAACCCAUGGUAUAAAGACUUUAAAGUCCUAAUCAAUCAUUUUAGCCAGCCAUAUUUUUUUAACAUUUUUUAUUUGAUGGUCUAAUAUGAUUCACUAUACUUACUUCCUUAUAUUUUUAAGUUACUGUAUGAGUAUUUUAACCUUGUAGCCUUAGCCCAUGUUAAAUGUGACCUUAUAUCUUCCAACAAGGACUUCCAAAUGUACCAUUUAUCUGCAUACAUUGAGUGUCAAACUCACAUGGACUUGUCACUCAUAUUGUAACAUGCUCCAAAGGCCUUAUAAGUGAGUCAAGGCUCAUAUCUCUCUCACCGAUGGAGACUGGAAAGACGAAAACCGAGCAGAUAAAAGAACUGUUUUAACGCUCGCUAUCACACAGUUAACCGCUAGUGCAACGGUUUUCUUCACAACAGACAUCAAAUGGAUCGCAAAUAAAUCAUGUUGUGAAGUGGACGGGGACACAGGCAUUAACACGGAUACCGAAGAUAUGGUUUUCAGAGUCUUGUGCCACUAUUGUUUCUUUCAUGGACUGUUCUAUUUGGGAGGGGAAAAAAACACCUGAUUUAUAUUGUAGUUUUCAGAGCCACGGGGUGAUAAAUGUGUAGAUCUUCUGCAAUCACUGAGAACUGGCAUUACAUUCAGUAAGCAGUGUCCCUUUCACUUAAAACAGUCACUCAACUGCAAAUUAAAUUGGAAACUAUUUUGAUAAUGGUUUCGUGAGGAUUUUCAGAUUUUCUUUUGUCUAUUGUCUUUGUAAUGCGGUAUCAUUGGGUUGUUGGUUUGAUAAGUAAUCUGAAGACAUUAUCUUGAGUUUUAGGGACAUUUGAAAGUAUUUUCAAACAUUUGAUACACAAUAUUGAGAUAAAAUUCCACAAAUUAAUAUUCAAAUGUUUCAAAGAAUUUGGUUUCUAUUUUGAAUGUCUCUGACAAAGCAUUGUGUUUUUCUUUUAAUCAUACUGCUUUGUCAGAGACCCUUAUGCAACUCAUGCCUAGGUCAUCUGAUAUACAGCACUUGUGUAGUUUAGUAGAGAUUAAGAUAAGUACCUGUGAGAGACACUUGGGGGCACUAGGACUUCACUUUUCCUCCCUGCAACUGUUUUGUAGUAUUAUAUUUCUCUUCACAUAUGUAACACACACAAAUACCCAUUGAAAUGUAUAUAUGUAUACACAUACAUAUAUAUAUAUACACACACAUAUAUAUGAAUGUGUCUCUGUGUAUAUAUACAUAUACACACACGCACAUACACAUAUAUACACACGUGUGUGUAUGUACAUAUUACUAAAUUCAGAGCCAGUUGCCAUAGCUGUAGGACUGUAUGUGGAAAACUUCAGAUGGUUCGCAGGGUUUGAAAUGAGAGAGAUUAAUCAGUGAUUAUGCUGAUUAUUUACAUGGCAUUUAUGUUUGAGAGAAAAAUAUAUUGUCUUUUUUUGACAUUCAUAGUUAUGUUUGUGGAUUUUAUUUGUAAAAUUUUCUUUUUAAUUCUACAUAAUGCUAGAAAAUAUAGACGUGUAUUUUAUUGAUGUACAUGUGAUAUGGUUUGAGCAGAGGGUUUUUCCUGUUUUAAAUUCAUCGUGUAGCUGUGAAAUCUCGCUCAGUCGUGUAUUAUCGCGACUUCAGAAACGGUCAGUUCAGAUUAAUGCAACUUUAUGGCUUUUACUGUGAAUGUUGGCAGAAUAUCGUAAAAACAAAAAGACUGUCGAGGAUACAAAGUUGCGCUUCAGUCCACAUUUUAUUUAGGAAUGUAAAAGACAAUUCCUUCUGCUCAAAAUAACAGAAAAGAAAUAUAUAUUUUUUUCAAAAUAUAAGAUGAAAGUAUGAAUUGUGAAAGGUAAAGAUAUCCAUAAAUACACAAUGAAAAAAUAAAUAAAAUCAAUGUUUGUGUGUUUGUCAGCCCAAA